AUGGUCCCCCGCACAACCCUUAUUGAACCCGUGCAAGCCCUCCUCUCUGCCCUCACCAACUCAACCUCCCACUCCCCUAUAUCCACCCUCCUCGCAACUUUCACCACCCAGCCCACCCCACUCGUCCAUGAGCAUGGCCUCCCCCAGCUAGCCCCCUUCCUCGGCCGCUCCUUCACCGGCCAGGAUGGUGUGGCCCGCUACUUCGAGCUCCUCGCCGACCACCUCCGCAUCGAGUCCAUGGCCUUCGAGUCCGACGACCUCUGGCUCGUCGACGACGCCUCCCAGGCUAUCGCCCUCCGCGGCAGCGCCACCUUCACCUGGAAGGACACCGGCCAUGCCUGGGACGAGACCUUCAUCUACCGCGUCGCGUUGGCUGAGGAUGUGGGCCGCGGCGGCGGCUUGCGCGUCUGCGAGUACCGCGUCUGGGCGGACACCGGGGCAGCCUAUUUGGCGCGGCUCGGGCGCUUGGAUGAGUUACUGGGCGGACGCGGCGGCGUUGAGGGCAUUCAUUUGCCGGGAGAGCAGGAUGAUGGCACAGGUAUCCAGAAGGACGGGCGCGAGACGCGGCGGUCGUUGGAUCGCAAGCGGAGUGGGUGCCAGGAUGUGAUGGGGGGCGGGUUGAACGUGUACGGCAGUUGCGGGUAA